AUGACCGAGGCAGCGACCCCACAAAACGUGACCAGCCCAGCGGACCUCAGCAAGCAAAACGUAUCUUUCAGACCAGGUGUCAAUGCGGUGGAAUUCGUUUCCGGUUACUCUCAUGCGGGGAGUGUUGUUUGUAGCCUGCCGAGCCCUAUUUUUUUCAACAAGGCAUCCUCAAGCAACGGAAACUGUGAGUCUAAUGCCUCGACUGCCUCCUCGAGUGCAGCUCUCGGGACCGAAGCAUCGUCUAACGUCCGAACAGGAACCGUGCUAAUCUUUGACUGCGGAUCGGGCAACACAUGGCAACAUCUUAGACAGUGGCUUUCAGAUGAAGGUGCUUCGCACAUUGUUGUUGUUCACGCGUGUGCUGAAGAAGGCGCUGAUACACUAGGGGUGAAAACUCUUCAUCCCUCCCGUGUGAAUGGCGGCCAAGGAUGUUCGCAGACUCUGAUUAAGGAGGUGAAAUGCCGGCCACAUCACCCUGAAGAAGUUGUCGAGUUGUUUAAGUUGUUGAAAGAAGGUCUGCAUUUCCCUCUCGUUCGAGGCAUUUUCUAUAUUCUGGGAGAGAAGCUUGACAGCCUUUUAGCGAACCAAACAACUAGCUCGGUACAUGACAUGAUGAAGACGGCCUCAGGGGCGUGGUCGAUCCAUCAUGCUUUGGGCCAGCUCGGCAUGGAGGCUGAUUUAGAUUUUUUUAUUUUUUUCUCCAGCAUUUCAGCCCUCUUUGGCAGCAUCAGCCAAUCAAUAUCAGCUGCAGUUCAUGCGUCUCUAGACGCACUGGCGUACUACAGGCGGCAUCUUGGCCUUGCUGCUACGAGCAUUCAGUGGGCGCCUUGGGCCGAUGGAUCAAGCGCGACUUCACCACAAAUCGUUCGUCAUUGGCUAGAAAAAGGUGGCGUUUCUAGUGUUCGAAAUCCUCUAGCUGCUGUGAGUGCGAUUCUGAAGAAUCACACUGCCAUCGGGGCUGUCGUUGCCUGCUUCCACGCUGAUCCCACCAUCAUGCACGAAAUGGGAGAGACCGACCAAGAAUGUACUUUUCUUUCCUCGGGGCCAGCGGCAAAUACAAGGGAUUCAACCUCUGGCAAUGUUAAAGUGAGGACAAAUCCGGUCAAAUCCCGAGUUUUCCAAAAUGUGUCCCCAUCAACGGACACUUGUGGGGAAAACCACAAGGACGAACUUUUGGUGAUACUGACGCAGUUGGUUAGGAGGGAGGUCAUAGAGAUUGCCUCUUGCUACGUUUUCUUCGAGGGCAACAACUUAUCUACCGACGAGUCACUUGUCGACCUUGGUCUUGAUUCUCUCUCAGCUGUGGAGCUUCGGCACACGCUGCAGCAGCGAUUCUGCGUUAACAUAGAACCGACCUUCCUUCAGGCGAAUGCAACAAUUGAUAGCAUUUCGGCGUUGCUUGUAACACAUGUGGCUACCUCUCUGACGGGCGCUCUCCCCGUAUUGCCACUGUCUUGCCCUGGUCUUGCAAGUGCGGUAGAUGACUGCGCGCUUGUCAGCUUGGCGCUCAGACUUCCCGGGCGCUGUGACUCCCUGGACGCUUUUUGGGCGUCUCUACAAAGCGAUUCCGGCUAUUGCAGGCCGGGGGCUUCGGAGGCCUGUGAUCAAUGCUUCAUGCAUCGUGCGGGAAGUGGCGAGCUUCCUGCGGAGUCGCAAUCUAUUGGCACCAAUCUCGAUGCCAGGAAAGGCUUCUGUUGGCUGAGCAACCGUGACGCAUUCGACAGUCAUUUCUUCGGCAUAUCUUUCACAGAAGCUUUGGCCACAGACCCCUGUCACAGAUUGCUUUUGGAGGCAACGUACGAAGCUUUGUGCAAACUGAACACAGAACAGCAGUCGGGCACGUCCGGUACGCCAAUUGCUGUUUUCGCUACAUCUUCAUCUACCCAAAUGCGAGCCUCUCUCCCAUCGUACACUAAACCAGCGAGUUCUCAAAAUACGCAGGACAAUAACGGAUGCUUAGCCGCGAGUUUUCUGUCCUACCAUCUGAAUCUGACUGGCUUGGCCGUGCCCAUUGAUGGCAGUGACAGCGCGUCACUGAUUGCACUUGAUCUCGGAAGGGAACACCUACGAGGGACGGAUUCCGUGUGUCAAGCAGUUGUCGUCGCAGCAGGGUCACUGCUCCCCAUUUGCUCGCAUGGUUGGCCGUCUGCAUGUACCAGUCCCACAAUACGUCGUUUUCGAGGCCGUGACGACUAUGCGUUCCCUGACAGAGAAACAUAUGCUGUGCCUCGGGGCGAAGGCAUCGUUUCCGUUGUUUUGCAGCGUUUGUCCGUAGCUCGAGAAAAUGGGAACAGUCCAAUGGCCAUAUUGAAGGGUAUUUCUUUAAUUCGUAUGGGAAGAGGAGAGAGACCUAUUCCAUCACAGUGGAGAACGGCAGACGUAAAGCUACGACGCAAGACGAUCGUGGAGGCUCUCAAGAUGAGCAGAGUUGAGCCAAGGACUGUGGCUGUAUUGGAAACCGACGGGUUGACAGGAUCUCAGGCGGAAGAUGCCUACACGGUGGAGGCAAUGGCUGACAUCUUCGGUCCUAGACAUCUCGCCGAGUCGUGUUCUCCCCUUGUUAUCGGAAACGCCAGUUUGCAUAUAGGACAAGCAAGGGAAGCCUCUGGCCUUGCGACUCUAGCCAAAUUAGUCUUGAUGUUGGAGCGUGGAUACGCUCCACCUAUUCCACGUCUUCGACGUCUGCAUCCCGAUGUCAAAAGAGGAAUCCUGCCCUCUGGAUUUGUGAUGUUCCCAUGCAAGAAGAUGGACCUUCUCGCUUUUCGUCAGCACCCGGAUCACGUAUACGGACCGAACGAGAAAAGGGACCAGAAAGAAGGCCGUCCUUUAAUUGGAUGUGUCAGCUCUCUCGGAUCCGACAAAACAUCAGGUUGCUUCAUUGUGGAAUCUUCUCCCAGACGACACGGGCGCACAUCGGACACAAGGGUCUCCUUGGAGCGUGCGGUGCCGUUAGCCGGUACGAAGGACGCUUGCUCCCACAAUUAUCUUCACGUACGGUCAACCGAUGGUUCUGAAAGCGAAAUACGAGGAGACGACCGGGCGGUCUGGCUAUUUUGCGACGACUUAUGGGGACUGCAGUCAGUGGGACGAGGUCUCUACUGUUCGGACCCCGCCUUUGCCGCACUUUUGGAGCAAGCUGAACGUGUGUUAGGAAACCGUAUCCCACAGCCUUUGAGCUGCCUGCUAUACCCAUCCACAACUGCAGAGUUUCAAAAGGCUGAGGACGCUUUAGCAUUCCCACGCAUAGCAGCGUUUGUGCUCUUCAGCCUUCAGUGGGCGCUCGCAACCUGCCUGCGGCACCAAGAAGGGGAGCCUACUGCAGUCAUGGGGCUUGGAGUUGGUGAGAUUGCUGCAGCUGCUGUAGCCGGUAUUCUGUCUCUUGAAGAUGCAGUUGAACUCUUAGAGCUUCUUUCUUCUGAAACUCGUACCUGUGACAAUCGCAACAAACCCAUGCCAGGAGGAAACGUGAACUCGGGCGGCCUUUUCGACAGAGGCAACAGCGGAACUGGUGGAUGUGGUGUGGCGCAAGAUUGCAAAAGUCCCUGGGUGCUGUGUGGGUUAAAUAAGACCCCCACGAGUGAAUCGGCCGCCCUUGAAUUUUCGGUUCUCGAGUCUAGGCGAGGUUCAUCGUCGCGGAAAAGCUCAGAAACACCGACCUCUAACACCACCCCUCAUAAUAGAGACGUUUUCCAAGAGCGUUUUUCAAGGAAACCACGGCGUGCAACUUGUCCAAGUCCGAUCAUUCGGCAUGCGUGGGAAAAGGUCGCUCAUGGUAACCCUGAAAAUGACGAAGAAGCCGAACUGGAGUGUCCCUCCAGCCAAUCACGGCGUGCAAAUUGUCCAAGCCCGGCCAUUCAGCAUGCGUGCGAAGAGACCGCUCAUGGGAACCAUGCAAAUGACGGAGAAGCGGAUCUCCUGAUGGAUUUAUUUAGAUUUCGCCCAGAGCCGAGCGAACCGCUGGGACAAGUUACUGCGCGAAUCGCGUUGCGUAACGCUACAUGCCUAUUUAUUUCUACUGUCUCCGGUCGGUUAGCAACGGAUACUCUAAUAAGAGCAGCCGAAUAUUGGGAUCCUCUCGUACCGAAAACGCAGCGAGUUCACCGUGCAGUGGAAACCGCCGUACAGGUGGCGAAAACCGCAAAACUAGUCUGCAUUGGUUGCUCUGCCCAAGAUGGCGUACAUCUGUCGGUCGGCUUGCCCUCGGUCCAUCCCAUUAGUCCCUCACCAUUACGAAUAUUUUGUUUCACAGGAAGCUCCCCCUCACCACAGCUUCUUGCCCCCUGUGAAUCAGCAAGCGGGUCCUCCCCUCGAGUUGCUGUUGUCGAGCAUCAUGGAGCUGACUCAAAUUUGGGGGGAGGAGCACCGUGGUGGAAGCAUUUAUUGUUCCGUCUCCCUCAACUCGAGGGGUUCCCUAGUGGUUGCUCUGCAAGCACGCGAUUACUUGCAGAUCGCCUUGUUGCUGACGUGCCAACUCCUGACAACCAUAUGAUUAACAACCCGCAGACGGCGGCGGUACAGGGGGCAGGAGAGACUCUUGGAACAUUGCGUGAAGGUUCAUCUGGAGAGGGAGAAGAUGGUGAGAAAGGCUACAGGAGCGAAUCUGUAAACACUCAGCACCCCGUUUACAAAGUCUACAGACGCUGCAGCGAACCGGAACUGCACGAGUCUGAGCUGUCACUCUUAUGUUCCGAUACGGUGUGCCAACCGAGCCUGGAAAAAACAGUGGAGCUGUUCAUUGGUACAGGACUCGAGCAGCAAGGCAAACUCUCGACCGUUUCCAGCAGUUGGCUGGUGUUUUCUGAUAUUGUUGCACCUUCGCCGAUUUCGUUGUAUUCUACUCUCGCUUUCCAAAAUGAAGAUGGGGAGCAGCGUUUUUGCACGUUGAACGUAGCCUCCCAAGUGGCGACGGUCUACGCAGAAAAAGUCAAAACACAGGUUUGCUCAAUAAUAAUAGAGUGCAAACGAGGCUUCAAGCCUCCACGUGAGAUUGCCAGAUGCUACUUCGUCAAAAAUCAAACAGCGGUGGGAAAACACGAACCCGCUGUCUCAUCUCUUUCUCGGAUCCGGUGGCUGCCAGCUACAAAACUUCCAGAAGGGUGGCUUCGCACGCGCCGUCCUCAUGUUUGGCCGUGCAAGAUUAAAGUCACCAAAGCCGCCUGCCCUUUGCCUACGAGAAGGGUCGAUCUUCAAGAGAUUUACUGGGGGAAACGGCACAUUCUGUGUCGUUUUCGAAUGCCACGGAACCCCCCUAGAGAUGGUGUUGAGAAAAGUACACAACUAAUCGCCAUAUUGGCUCGGCUGGUGACAGUAAGUGUUGGUGUAGCUGCAACAUGUGUCCUCCAUGAGACUGAGACCUCAGGACGCUAUUCACACAGCCACCCAGGCCCCCAGGUAGAAGACGACCAGAAGACUCAUAUGGAUGCUUUAUGGGUUUGCCCAUAUGUCCCUUUCAGUGAAUGCUGGUGUGUGAUACGACAUCGCAGAAAUGGAAGCAGCAUCAAGGAAGGCAAAGGGAGAGACUGGGAGACGUGCGACGUAGAGAUAUUCAGUGAGAACGGCACCGCGGUAGCUGUGGUCCUCGGCUUUGGGAUUCAAAGCCACGCUCUAAGCAUGCGCAUGAUGGGAGGAAGAGGGAACGAUGGAGACAGCUCAGUUAGUACGACUGUUUGUGUUGCAUAA